AUGGAAGACAAACCCGAGCAAACUCAAGUACCGACUACGUCAGUAGCGGCUACGCAGGGUACCCGAGUACCAGUAACAAGUGAAAAGAAGAAAGACCCAAAAAGAGUAGCUGCAGGAAAACGAUUAGCUGCAAUCAGUAAGAUAGCAAAGGAGAGGAAAAAGAAACUUGCAGAACCUAGGGAGUCAUCUAGUGACAGUAUAAUUGCCUAUGUGGGAGUGGCGAUUGCACUGAUAUCUCUUGUGUUAGCAUAUAAAACACAUCAGAGGGAAACUAAGGAACUAGAACAUAAGCACAUUCCUAAAACUGUAGAAGUAACUAAGAAAGCUGAUGAGUCCAGGUUAGAUUCACUUGAAUGA